AUGGACCACAGCCAACAAGAUUACCAGGGCAAAUUUUGCAAAAACGAGUCGCACAAAGACUGUAACGAUGAAGAUUAUUCACAACCUCGAGUUCUGCUUGACCUGGAUGAAAAUUCGAAACAGCAACAAGUACUUAACCAACAGGAUUCAAGUUCUUCCUCGUCUCAUUUUGAUGUGGUUCAGCGACUCGAAGAGCAAUUUACAAGCCGGAAGCAGUCCUUGAAGAGACGCUGGCAAGAAUCAGGGUUUGAACAACGUUCACAAACUUCGGAUGGUGUAGUUAUAAUAAGGGUGCCAGAACCUGAAGUGGUAGAACCUCAGUCCAAUUUAGAACUGCUUCACCAGACAAGUAUUAAACCUGUGCAACGAGAAGCUUCUCAAACAGAGAAAGAUUACAAAAAGUCAGCGUGUGACCGAGAGAGGACGCGCAUGCGGGACAUGAACCGGGCUUUUGAGCUUUUGAGGUCGAAACUGCCAAUCUGCAAACCACCUGGCAAAAAGCUAUCGAAGAUCGAGUCUCUGAGACACGCGAUAACAUACAUCAGGCAUUUGCAGAGUCUCUUAGAACCUCAAUACACGUACGUUCCAAGCAUUCCCGAAAGAUCUGGUCACUAUGGAGCAACGACAGCUAACGCAGCCUUUGAAUCACAGCAUCCAAAUAGAUGGGAAUCCUUUGCCUACUACCGAUACGAUUAUCAUGCUCCUUUUGCAUCCCUUCAAGCUCCACCUCCACCUCCUUUGCAGCCGCCUCGUUUGCUACACCAUGAACAGGACGACCACUAUCGCUAUGACACACAUUCUUAAUAUAAGUUCUCUUUCUCUUUCUUGUCUCAACUUAAAAUUUAAUCAACUGACAGAAAUGCUAAAAGAAAUGCAGAAUACAAUUCUAAUAUAUUAAUUACCUUAUUUACAGUGGUGUAUUCGCGGCGGGGCGGGGCCUGGCGCCGCUAGGGUACUCUAUUUGAAGUGAUAACUUCUUAUAUGGCAGGUGUAAACUCGAAAGACUGGGUAACGGUGACGGCAAAACUUCCUCUUCUCUAUCACUCCUUCUCUUCUCCCACUGA